AUGUCCAAUAAAGCGCCGCAGGGCGCACAACCCGACCCUGGGCCUGCACCAAAGCAGACCAAAAGUGUGGAUGAGCAGCUUGCUUCAUUUGACCAUGUCCCAUUAUUUAUGCGCGACCUUCCGAAAGAGAGCGACGAUAACUUGAUGAUCGAUGCACUGCAGGCGCUCGCUUUUGAAGGCCAUCCUGACGACGCCGCCGAGUCGUUCAAGAAGCAAGGGAACGAGUACUUUACCGCAAAGCGGUACAGUGAAGCGCUUGGAUUUUACCGCCAGGCCCUGGACGCCAAGCCAGGAAGCAAGACGCUACUCGAGACAAUUUACCUGAACAGCGCCGCGUGCAACUUGGCGUUGCGGAAUUAUGGGCGCGCUCUGUACGAUUCGCGCGACGCGAUUGCAACCAACCCCAGCUCUAUUAAGGCGCUGUAUCGUGCGACAAAAGCGUUCCUUGCUUUAGACCGGAUCAAGGACGCACAAGAUGCCGUAAAACUCGCACUGGAACGCGACCCGGAGAAUGCAGAGCUGGCGAAGCUGGAAAAAGACGUUAUAGAGCGGAGCACUCUCCUAGAGCAGCGCGAAACCGAGGCCAAGGAGCGUGCGCGGCGCAAACACCUUGAUGAGGAAGCACUGCGCGUGGGAUUCCUUGCGCGGGGCCUGUGGGUUGAAAAUACGCCAGGGGCUGAUAGUCCCAAUGUGCCGCACUUUGACCCCGAUUACAUUUCCCCGAACGCGUCCUCGUCGAUUCCUCUACUUGGAGGUAAGGAGGUAUGGCGGGCGCCGGAUCCCAUUCGUACGCCCAUCAUUUUUCCCCUCGUCCUCGCAUAUCCCCAACACAAUACGUCCGACUUUAUCCCAGAGUACCAAGAAGAUACGCCGAUUGGCAUGCACCUAAAUAUCAUGUUUCCACCCGAGUCGCGAGGAUCGCUGGCAUGGGAUCCAAAAGGGGAGUACGUCGCCAAGGACCUAUCGGUAAUUGCAACCACGCACAAGCGCCGCCUUUUGCGCGUCGGCCACAAACUCUCGCUACGGGAGGCUAUGGACCAGGCGGCCAAAGACACCCCUUCAGGAAAUUCCGAGCACCGGGACGGAAUGCUCCUGCUCAACGGCACCGUUACCCUCUUUGUCUUCCCCAAAGGCCACGAGACGGAGCGGCGCUGGGUCCAGGAAUUCAAGCAGGGACAUGUAGCGCUUGGGCCAUAG